AUGUCGGCGCGCAGAUGUAGUGGAGUGGUGCAGAGACUUCUGAUUCGAAAUACUGCAGCCCCCGUCAAGCCACUGCCGGGGACUGGGAACCCCGAGGACAGAGGACCAUGGGGACAUACGUUGCGUGGGGUGGGUUUCAGCCAGGAGAGCACGACUCAAUUCAACCAUCGGAUGGCCGCGCUCCGUAUGGAGGCGACCGAUGAUGGGUCGGGAGAUAUCGAUGACUCUCAAGGGAGGCGAACCGCUCUCACUCGAGUAUCCAAUGAUCUAUUACGGUGGCUUAACGUUGCUGAUUUUUCGUUACGAGAUUGUCUGGAUAUCAGCGAUUUGCGAUACUUAGGAUCCAAGUACCACAAUGUUGAUCAUACCUGCUGUGUUCCUAAAAUAUUGUUUGUGUCGGACUCGAACGCUGUACUACAGGAGAGUGAUUAUGCCGAUGAUUCGGUAGAGGGCGCUUCCGCUGAACUCCCGCGAUGA